GAAAAAACUCCCCAUGUCCAUCACUUCACUUCACUUCACAAAGGGAGAAGACGUCCAGCUGCAGUUACCCUCCAACAAGCAACCCGGAGAAAAAACCCCAAGAUGGCCCCGAUUUCCAUCAAGACUGUUUUAGUCAGUGAAAGUCUUGAUCCCCGCUGUAAGACGAUUCUGGAGGAAAAUGGCAUCCUAGUCACGGAAAAACUGAAUAUGAAAAAGGAUGAACUGAUGGCGGAGAUUAAGGACUACGAUGGCCUUUUGGUUAGAUCUUCAACAAAGGUAACGGCUGAUGUCAUCAAUGCUGCUAGUAAUCUCAAAAUCAUUGGGAGAGCUGGGACUGGUGUGGACAACGUGGAUGUUGAUGCUGCCACCAAAAAGGGUAUUAUUGUCAUGAAUACGCCAAGCGGUAACACGAUCAGUGCUGCUGAGCUGACAUGUGCCCUGCUGAUGAGCCUCUCAAGAAAUGUGCCUCAAGCUGCAAUGUCGAUGAAACAAGGGAACUGGGAUCGGAAAAAGUUCAUGGGCGCAGAACUGUAUGGCAAGGUACUCGGAAUAGUUGGACUUGGAAGAAUAGGAAAGGAAGUCGCUUCAAGAAUGCAAUCAUUUGGCAUGAAGACUAUCGGCUAUGAUCCAAUCACUCCUCCUGAGGUGUCAGCCAGCUGGGGGGUGGAGCAGAUGUCUCUGGAGCAGCUUUGGCCUCAGUGUGACUAUAUUACUGUCCACACUCCCCUAAUGCCCUCUACUGUCGGUUUGCUUAAUGAUGAAUCGUUUGCUAAAUGCAAGAAAGGGGUGAAGGUUGUGAAUUGUGCACGAGGGGGUAUCAUCGACGAGGCCGCUCUGCUCAGAGCUUUGGAGUCCGGACAGUGUGGAGGCGCUGGGCUUGAUGUCUUUGUUGAGGAGCCUCCUAAGAGCUGGUCACUGGUCAGCCAUCCUAAUGUCAUCAGCUGUCCUCACCUGGGAGCCAGUACGAAGGAGGCUCAGGCCCGUUGUGGGGAGGACAUCUCUCUGCAGAUUGUGGACAUGGUGAAGGGCAAGAAGCUGGUUGGAGCUGUGAACGCACAGGUUUUGGCCAGCACAUUCUCCCAGGAAUCUCACCUACUGAUCAAACUCGGAGAAGCUGUCGGAGCUGUGCUGCAGUCAUGCACUGCUUCUAAGAAACCGUUCAGCCAUGUCCAAAUCACUACUGAAGGGGAUUGCAUGAAGUCCUCCACUGGUUAUAUGACUUCAUCAGUACUUGUUGGACUGCUGAAUCAUGAGUCUGGUCAUUGCCUGAACCUCAUCAAUGUGCUGAGCCUAGCAAAGGAGUCUGGAAUCACGGUAAACCAGAGCCACUGUGCAUCUGACGGGGCUGCCAGCGGGGUGUGUAAGGUGGAGAUCAUGGCCAACGGCAGCAGCUACAAAGCCAGUGGUUCAGUUCAAGGUGGUGUGCCAGUCCUGCUGGAGCUGAGCGAGAGUGUGUUUAGACAGCCGGUCUCUCUCACUGGAAAUCUGCUGUUCUUCAAGGCCUCUGCAAAUCCUCAGCUCCUAUCCUCAGUGGCUGGACUUCUGGACACAGAAGGAGUGGAGAUUGAGUCUUUCAGUGCUCCCACAGACCGCACUGGGGAUCUGUGGUAUUGUGUGGGGGUGUCCUCUCUCCUGCGAGACCUCAGUGCCUUGAAGCCUUUGGUUAAGGAGGCAGCACAGCUCAGCAUUUAAAUUACAGAAGCAACGGCAUCUGGAAAUCUCAAAGAGUGUCUUAACAUAAUUGAGCCUCCUUGGCCUUAACGUUUACAACUAACAACUUGUUUAGAAGUUGAACACUUGCAUUUUGAUAACAUUCCUGUGUUUAGAAUGUUUUAACUGCACUAAAACUAAAUCAAAUGUUUCAGUGUUGUGUGUUGUUCAGUUUGUUGUUUGAGCUUUUUAAAGCCAAGAUGUAAAAUAAAGCACACUUAACUAAAA